AUGGACGAGCACGACGCCGCCGUCCGGCGCAUCGCCGAGGCCGUCCGGGACCACCACUCCCGCCGCGAGCCCUUCCGCAUCUUCCACGGCGCCACCAGCAGCACCCGGCCCCCCCACGGCCAGCGCGUCGUCGACAUCAGCGCCUUGCGCCGCGUGCUGCGCGUCGACGCCGCCGCCGCCACCGCCGUCGUUGAGCCCAACGUGCCCAUGGACGACCUCGUCGCCGCCACCGUCCGCUGCGGCAUGCUGCCCCCCGUCGUCAUGGAGUUCCCGGGCAUCACCUGCGGCGGCGGCUUUGCCGGGUCCGCCGGCGAGAGCAGCUCCUUCCGCCACGGCUACUUCGACGAGACCGUCCGCUCCGUCGAGAUGGUCCUCGCCAACGGCGACGUCGUCACCGCCUCCGACGCCGAGAACCCGGACCUCUUCCGCGGCGCCGCCGGCGCCCUCGGCACCCUCGGCAUCGUCACCAGGCUCGAGCUGCGCCUCCUCCCCGCCAGGCGCUUCGUCAAGGUCAGCUACCACUCCUACUCCACCAUCCCCGAGGCCAUCGCCGCCAUCCGCCGCGAGACCGCCCUCGCCCACAACGACUACGUCGAGGGCCUCGUCUUCUCCCGCACCAGCGCCGCCGUCGUCACCGGUCACUUGACGGACGACCUCCCGGACAAGUGCCGCCCGCGGACGUUCCGCCGGCCCGGUGACCCCUGGUUCUACCUGCACGCCCGGAAGCGCAUCGCCAACGGCACCCCGACCCCGGACUACGUCCCGCUGCAGGACUACCUCUUCCGCCACGACCGCGGCGCCUUCUGGAUGGGCGAGCUCGCCUUCCGCUACUUCGGCUUCGUGCCCUUCAACAGGUUCACCCGCCGCGCCGUCGACGGCCUCAUGGACACCCGCACCCUGUACAAGGCCGGCCUCGGCGGCGGCGGCGGCAGCGGUCGCAUGACCUUCCGCUACCUCGUCCACGACCUCUCGCUGCCCUACGCGACGGCCCAGGACUUCAUCGACUACGUCGCCGACACCCUCGAGAUCUGGCCGCUCUGGCUGUGUCCCCUGCGCGCCCUCGCCUCGACCCCCAGCUUCCACCCGUACACGACGGAACCGCCUGGCGGUGACGGUGACGGCAACGGCAACGGCAACAGCAACGGCAACGGCAACGGCAACGGCGAGGGCGAGGGCAACGCCGUCACGCAACCCAUGCUCAACGUCGGCGUCUGGGGCCCCUCGUCCAAGAAGAUCGACCGCUUCGUCCGCCAGAACCGCGACCUGGAGGCCAAGCUGGCCGAGCUGGGCGGCCGCAAAGUGCUCUACUCGCACGCCUACUACACCGAGAAGGAGUUCUGGGACGUGUAUGACAGGGAAUGGUACACGGCGCUGCGGGAGCGCUACGGCGCCACCAGCCUGCCCACCGUCUUCGACAAGGUGACGGUCGACGUCGGCAGGGAGCGGGAGCGCAAGUCCCUGCGGGACAGGGUCGCCGUGUCAUGGCCGUUCGCGGGCCUCAUCGGGGUGUGGUCUGCGAUCCGGAAGUGA